AUGCUUGCCACAUUGCAGAUCGCGAUGCCUAUUCACGGGGGUAUCAUGCCAGCACAUGCCAUACUGGUAUGCCUCACAUUCUUAUUUGUGUUGGUCGGACGCAGUUUGUCUGGAAAUGUUGCAAUUGAUCCGGAUUCGCUAAGAAAUGUGUCAGAGCUGAUCUCCACCAAAGGCUACCCGGUCGAAGAAUACGAGGUUAUCACCAGUGAUGGUUACGUGAUUGGCAUUCAACGUAUUCCAAGAGGCAAGAACGAAAGUUCGGACGGAACUGUGACCAACAAGACGACCAUAUUGCUGCAACAUGGCAUGCUCGGUUCAUCAGCAGAUUACGUUUUAAAUUUUCCUAACCAGAGCUUGGGAUUCCUUCUCGCAGACGCUGGAUACGACGUGUGGCUGGGAAAUGCUCGGGGUAAUAUAUACACAAGUAACAUGAAACUCUCUCGAGAUGACAGACGGUUCUGGGACUUCAGCAUUGACGAAAUGGCCUCGGAAGAUCUACCCUCAAUAAUCGACACUAUUCUGAAGAUAACGGGAAAAGAAAAACUGCAGUAUGUCGGAUGGUCGCAAGGAGCGCUGCAAAUGUUCGCACUGCUUUCCGAAAAACCAGAAUACAACAAAAAGUCUCGAAUGGCUGUCUACUUCAAUCACAACCCCUCGGGAACCUCCGUCAACGAUAUUCUUCAUUUAGCUCAGCUGAUACGAUGCAAUUGCUCCCGAAAGUUUGACUACGGGAUUAUAAAGAACCUCGCAAAAUAUGGGAAGUCCAAACCCCCGGAGUAUGAGCUGUCUCACGUGGAAGUUCCCGUGGCAAUCUACUGGAGCAAAGGCGACUGGUUUGCGGUAGAAAAGGAUGUGGCACGCCUACGAGACGGACUGUCCAAUGUGGUGGAAUAUUACCAAGUGCCUGAUGAGCAGUUCACCCACUACGAUUUCAGCUGGGGAAUCAAUGCGGAGCCUAUCCUAUUCCGCCAGAUGAUGAGUGUCAUGGCAAAAUACCAAACCUAG